UUGUGAUACAAAAGGAUAUGAUUUAAAUACCAUAUAAGUCGUUGCUCAUGGGGUAUUGACAGUCGCACUGCGCUCCCGUCUACUAAAAGAGUUUAUGGCUUCCUCAAGCUGAGAUCCGACUGUGGGUGAACUAUUUCUGUAAUUGUUAUGGCAUUUGUCGAUAAAUCCUACAAUUAAAAUGGUUGACUAGUAUAGUUGAGAACGAUAUGUAUGUCACUGAUGUUUGCAACAAUCUGAAGGCAAGUGGCUCGCUAUUUAUAUUGUAAUUGGCCAAAAUUGCAAAUUUAUUUUAAAUUCCAAUCAGGUCUAAAACUUAUUCGAGAAAUUUAUAAGAGAACCAGAACUUCAGAUUUGAGGACAGGUUAUUUGUUUUGUUCAAUUUAGGCAGUCACAUUAGAAAAAAAAAAAAGAAGAAGAAUAAAAUUACGUGCAUUAGAUUGACGGAAACCAUCUCACUGUAUUGGAAAGAUAAUGCGAGAUGAAAUAUCAAAAAUAUUUGGGAAGGGACAAUUUCAACAAUUGAUAUAUGGGAUAUGGGGUGCCAGGCAGAACAAAAGUAUUGCUGAAUCAAAUAAUAAUCUCCGUUUGUAUUAUUCGCGAUGAAUUUCACUGCAGAUGGAUACUUCGCCAUUGACGGUUAAAUCACCGCCGAGAAGCAGUGGAGUCAUACGGAGAAGCCCAUGUUGCCAAUAUAAAGCAACAAUGUUAUGGAAUGAAUUAAUACAGGAAUUUCGUAAUCACAUCAAAUGUAAAACACAUAGAAGAAAUCUCAGAACUCAUCAUAAUUGUUUUACCGGGACUGCCGCUGUAAAUGUGAUGUUCGCAGUUUUGAAAGAAAAUAAAACAUUCACUGUGAGAGUUACAAGGAAGCAGGCGGCAAAACUGCUCCAAAAAUUUCUUGAUAAGCAUAUUAUAGAAGAUAUCAACGGGAGAUGGGAAUUAGAAAAAUUCGCAAACAACAAAAGGCUAUUUAGAUUUCCGCGUGAACUUCGCACUCCCAAUGAAACUCAAAUGUCAUCUGAAACAUUAAAAAGAUCAAGUGCCAUUUUUAUGAUGAUUGCUGGAAAUCGGUCUCUUAGUCCGUGCCAAGGGAUUCGUAUUCUAUCGCCACCGUUAGCAAGACGACUAAGAUCUCGGAUCAGUAACAGAACUCUUGGUGCAACGUUCACAACUCUUGGGCGACAGAAAACGAAAGAAUCACCUCAUAAUGAUUAAAAUAAUCAAAUCAUGCAAUUUCCGUUACAAUUAUUUAUUAAUUUCUAUAUUAAUUUCUUUUUUCAUUCUUUUUUGUGUAUUUUCAAAUGAAAAAGGUAAAACCACCAAUUCUGAGCGAAUGUAUAUGCAUUUAUACCACUUGAAGUGGACAAUUGGGUAAAAUUCCUCAUAAAUUAAAAUUUCUGGGAGCAAUGUACUAAUCAGAAGACUUUAUUAGAGAAUGAACAAAACGUUGUAUUAUGUUUAAGACCUAAUGUAUUUCAGUGAAAUUUGGAAGUAAAUAGUAAAUUGCAGGAAAUUUUCUAAUUUAUCAUAAAAGUUAUAUUUAAAUUCAGCAAUUUUGAACGAUUUAUGCUUUUGUCAGGAAAUAUUAAAAGAAUUAAUAAAUAUUAUUGCAGUACGUA